AUGGCUGAAUACAACAUGCCUCAGUACAUUUUAAGAGAGUUUAAAGUCACAGAUGCCAGGGAUGGUCAGUCUCGUACAGUACGACAAUUUCAGUUUACGGAUUGGCCAGAACAAGGCGUGCCAAAAUCAGGAGAAGGUUUUAUUGACUUCAUUGGCCAAGUACACAAAACUAAGGAACAGUUUGGUCAAGAUGGACCAAUAUCAGUCCAUUGCAGGUACAGUCGGAAAUAA